AGAACGAUAGUUUUUAGGAUGGAAUUAACAUAUAUAAAUAGGUCUAGAAAAAUCACCAUAAUUGCAUCAUCACCAUCACCAAAUUUCACUAAUGGAUGCUGCUCUUACUCUCUUAUGCCUAACUUUGCCCGUCGCUUUCUUUUUCCUUUCAAAACUUUUCACAUCCAGGCAUUAUUAUAAUCGCUCGCUAAACCUUCCACCAGGGCCUAAACCGUGGCCAAUAAUUGGCAAUUUCAAUCUCAUUGGCCAUCUCCCCCACCAAUCUCUUCACAAAUUAUCACAAAAAUUUGGACCCAUAAUGCAACUCAAGUUCGGUUCCUACCCGGUUGUAAUCGUCUCAUCAGCAGAAAUGGCAAAGCAAAUAUUGAGGACAAACGAUCACAUCUUUGCAUCACGACCACAAACUGCUGCAGGCAAGUACACUACGUAUAACUACUCUAACGUCACUUGGGCACCCUAUGGUGCAUACUGGCGUCAGGGUCGAAAGAUAUACUUGCAUGAGCUGUUCAGCUCUAAGAGACUUGACUCCUACCAUGAUAUUCGUGUAAAGGAAAUGCGUGCUUUUGUUUCACGCAUUCAUACAUUGUCUGUGACUGGCAAACCUAUUUUGCUAAAAGAUCAUCUUUCCCGUGCUACUCUCAGCAUUAUUAGCAGAAUUGUAUUGGGAAAGAAGUAUUUUAUAACUGAGUCCGAGUCUGAGUCUCUGUCUGAAAGUGAAACUUCUGUAAUAACGACACUUGGAGAAUUUCAAAAAAUUUUAGAUGAGUUGUUCUUGCUUAAUGGGGUGAUGAACAUAGGGGACUGGAUACCCUGGCUAGCUUUUCUGGACUUGCAAGGGUACGUGAAGCGAAUGAAAGCUUUAAAGGUGAAGUGGGAUCGAUUUCAUGACCAUGUCCUUGGGGAACAUAAGGCCAAGAAAGCAGAAGUGAAAAAUUUUGUGCCAAAAGACAUGGUUGAUCUACUGUUGCAGCUUGCUGAUGAUCCUGAGCUUGAGGUUAAGCUAAACAAUGACAGUGUCAAGGGAUUUAUACAGGAUCUUAUUGCAGGAGGAACAGAUACUUCUGCUACUACAGUCGAAUGGGCAAUGUCUGAACUACUGAAACAACCCAGUUUAAUAAAGAAAGCAACUGAAGAACUUGACAGAGUUAUCGGUAAAGAAAGAUGGGUCGAAGAGAAAGACAUUCCACAGCUUCCAUACAUAGAUGCAAUAAUGAAAGAAACGAUGAGGAAACAUCCAGUAGCCGUAAUGCUUGCACCCCAUUACGCCCUUGAAGAUGCCAAAGUAAAUGGCCAUGACAUUGCUAAAGGAACUACUGUCUUCAUCAACACAUGGAGCAUAGGCAGAGAUCCUUUGCUCUGGGAUGAUCCUGAAGAGUUUAGACCUGAAAGAUUUCUGGGUAAGGCAAUUGAUGUUAAGGGACAAAGUUUUGAGUUAUUGCCUUUUGGUUCUGGUAGAAGAAUGUGUCCUGGCUAUAGCCUUGGCCUAAAGAUGAUUCAAUCAAGCUUGGCUAAUUUGUUGCAUGGAUUCAACUGGAAAUUGCCUGAUGAUAUGAAACCAGAAGAUUUGAGUAUGGAUGAAGUUUAUGGAUUGGCAACGCCUCGAAAGUUCCCUCUAGUUGCAGUCACUGAACCUCGUCUCCCCAUUAAUUUAUAUUAAUAUAUAAUCGCUAUGAGAUAAUCAUUUUACUUUCUUACUAUUGGGUUUGGACUAUAUUUUCUGCUUUCUGCAUGUAAUUUUCAUCAAUAAAAAAAACUAUAUAUAUAAUUACCAAUUUCAUAUAGCAAAAUAAAUGAAA